AUGCUACCUUCUGAGUUCACCAGGUAUAAGAAGCUGAAACUUUGGAUGGCCCAAACGAAUUUGGUUGGGGAAAUCGCAAACACGAUUGGAGAGAUGGCAUCACUGAAGCAUUUGGAUUUGUUGAGCAACUAUCUGAGCUGGAAAAUCCUGAGCAGUUUCUUUAUGCUAAGGAAUUUACAUAUAGUUUACCUUUACAAAAACGACUUGUCUGGGGAGAUUCCUCAUGUUGUUGAAGCUUUGAACCUAGAUGUCAUCGAUCUCUCAAAGAAUAAUUUGACUGGGAUGAUUCCCAAUGAUUUUGGAAAACUUAGAAAACUUUCAGACUUUGGUUGGUAUUCAAUGCUUGAAGAGUUUCAGGUUGCGUCCAAUUGGUUUACGAGUCAAUUGCUAGAACACUUGUGUUAUAAUGGAAGAUUGAUGGGAGUGGAAGAUUUUGAAAACAACCUAGGUGGAGAAGUGCCCAGUAAUCAACUCUCUAGGCAUAUUCCUAUUGGUCUGUGGACAUCACUAAACAUGAGUAUCUUGAAGUUAAGUGAUAAUUCUUUUAUGGGUGAGCUUCUUGAGAGAUUUUCACAGAAGCUUUCACAGUUGGAGAUGAGCAGCAACUGGUUCAAAAUUUACAGAAAAGGAAAGCCUGGAUUGGACUCCAAAUGGAAGCUCACCUCAUUCCAUAAUCUGAAUUUCACAAAAUCAGACAUUUUGUUGGGACUGACUGAAAAUAAUGUGAUUGCCGGUAGUGGUGGGUCAGGGAAGGUAUACCACGUUUCUUUUAAUAAUUCAUGUGAUAAUGUUGAUAUGAAGAACUCAUUUGCAAUAGCGGAAAGGUUGAAGAAAGGUGACAAUUCAAAACUUAUUGCCUACGAUUAUUUGGAAAACCGUAACCUAGACCAAUGGUUGCAAUAUGGAAAGAGUGAAGCAUCAACUGUCUCAGGUUCAGUCUGUCACGUAGGCCACCUAGAUUGGCCUAAGAGGUUGCACAUAGCAACUAAGGUUGCUCAAGGGCUCGCCUAUAUGCUCCACGAUUGCUCACAGCCCAUUGUUCAUCAAGAUGUGAAGUCAUGCAACAUGCUUUUGGAUUUCAACUUUAAUGCACAAAUGGGUAAUUUUGGUCUGGCCAAGAUGUUUAUCAUGGAGGGAUAA